UAUUUUUGCAAGUAAAAUGUGAGAACUCGCGGGCUCCGGUGGCAGGUUUGCUUUGCCCGCGCGACGGUGAGUGUCUAAUUUAAUAUUACUUUGAUUGCAGUAGCCGAUUUCUAUCUUCUCUGUCGCUCUUUCUUUUUGCUCGAACAGACACAGGAACAAUAGUGACAACUCUGAGCUACUGCAGGUUGCGGUGUUCUGUUGCUGAUGCGUAAAGGGCAUGUGUUGGGGCGUCAAGCCUUGUAAGUCCAUAGUUGCCAUGAGAUUGUAAUUAGAAUUGCUGGAGAAGAAUGCCUGGCAUACCUCUUGUGGCUCGUGAAACUUCUUUCUCUCCCAGCUGUUCCAGAAACGCAGAUCAAAUGUGUCGUGUAGACUCUCGUGUUCAUCUAUCUGAAGAAGAGGAAAUUGCUGCAGAAGAGAGCCUCUCACUUUACUGCAAGCCAGUUGAACUCUAUAACAUUCUUCAGCGCCGUGCUAUUAGAAAUCCUUUAUUUCUUCAAAGAUGUUUAAGGUACAAAAUAGAGACGAAACACAAGAGAAGGAUCCAGAUGGCAAUUUCAAUCUCUAGGACAUCGAGUGCGGGUGGCCAGACACAGAAUUUGUUUCCUAUUUAUGUCAUCUUGGGAAGAUUAGUCUCUGACAUUUCAGUUGCCGAGUUCUCUGGUGUAUAUCGCUUCAGUCGCGCUUGCCUCUUAAAUGGCAUCAACAGAGUGGAAUGCAAUUCUCAAGUUAUAGCUAAUUUCAUCCUCCCUGAAAUUAACAAGCUAGCUGUAGAGGCAAAAUCUGGAUCACUUGCUAUAUUAUUUGUUAGCUGUGUUGGAUUUGCAAAUACUUCUUCGGGAGUAGAUUCAAUUGAUGGGCGUUCAUACAUGGCAUCUGUUCCAGCGAUUGCAGGUUACUGCUUAUGGGGCAAGAUACCUCUGGAAUCACUUUACAUUUCGUGGCAGAAUUCUUCAAAUUUUGGUCUUGGACAGAGGGCUGAGAUAAUGUCAACUGUUGAUAUGCGCUCCUGUGUUGUGAAGACAAGUUGCUUGGAUGGAGAGAAGCGUGUAGGAUUUCAAAUUCCAUAUAAUUCUGAUUCUAUGCAUACAGCCCAGGAAGUACAGGUCACAAUUUCUGCAGAAGAGUUCGGUGCUAGGGGCAAAUCUCCAUAUGAUUCAUACACGUUCAGUGAAAUACCUUCCUCAUCACUAUCUCAUAUGAUUCGGUUGAGGGCUGGAAACGUUAUUUUCAACUAUAGGUACUACAACAAUAGAUUGCAGAAAACUGAAGUAACUGAAGAUUUUUCCUGUCCAUUUUGCUUGGUUAAAUGUGCAAGCUUUAAGGGCUUGAGAUGUCACUUGUUAUCAUUACAUGAUCUCUUCAACUUUGAAUUUUGGGUAACUGAGGAGUAUCAAGCUGUAAAUGUUUCCACGAAGACUGAUGUUUGGAGGUCUGAGAUCAUCGCAGAUGGCAUUGAUCCAAAGCAGCAGACAUUCUUCUUCUGCUCAGGGCCUCUCAGAAGCAAAAAGGUUAAGAGGGCAGUUCAAAGUGCAAGGCACACGCAUCCUUUUGUUGUAGAGUCUACAUUAUCGAACAAGGCGGAUGAUGCUCAAUCUAGCAAAGGUGAAAAGGCUCAAAUAUCAGGUUUUUUAAGUACUACUCUGCAUUCAUCCAAUGAUCCUGACUGCAUACAAUCAAUAUCAGGGCACCAUAUUGCGCCAACUAUGCUUCAAUUUGCCAAGACAAGAAAAUUGUCGAUUGAACGGGCAGACCCGAGACACUGUACCCUCUUAAGGAAGAGACAGUUCUUUCAUUCCCACAGAUCUCAGCCAAUGGCAUUGGAACAAGUGUUAUCAGAUCGAGAUAGCGAAGAUGAAGUCGAUGAUGAUGUUGCAGAUCUUGAGGAUAGGAGGAUGCUCGAUGAUUUUGUCGAUGUAACCAAGGACGAGAAGCAAAUUAUGCAUAUGUGGAACUCGUUCGUUAGGAAGCAACGGGUGCUGGCAGAUGGCCAUAUCCCCUGGGCUUGUGAGGCAUUUUCACAGUUACAUGGACCAAACCUUGUCAAAACUCCAUCUCUACUAUGGUGCUGGAGAUUGUUAAUGAUCAAGCUGUGGAACCAUGGUCUACUUGAUGCGAACUCCAUGAACUGUUGUAACAUUAUUCUUGAAAGAAUACAUAAUGAAGCUUCUGAUCCUAAAAGCUGAGAGCAAUCAAAUUUUUUUAGUUUCCAUUCUGAAAGUCAAGCUUAUUGGUGAAAGAGAGCUUUGUUCAUUGCAUUUGUCUUCAUGUGUUGUAAUUCUAUGCUACAUUGACCGUUUUGCCCCUUUAUCUAUUUGUUCUUAUUAUUAUUCAUUUGUUGAUUUGGGUCGGUUUGGGUCGGUUUGCCAGACUCGAUUUCACGAAA